CUAAUGCAUAAAAGAGAGCAGGUAAAGUGGUCUCCUCACAUUCUCGAUUCGUUGCUUCAACAAAGCGAAAAGAAGUCUCUGCGCGCAAUCAACAUUCUAGAGAGAGAAAGAGUACGCCAUGGACACACAGCAGCAGCAGCAGCAGCAGAGACCGCCUCCACAGCCACCACAGCCUCGACCACCACCCCCACCGCCGCCACCACCAGGAGGAGGAGGUUUUGGCCCCAUUUUCUCUGUGUUCUUACCCUUCAUUGCCAUCUGCUCUAUGAUAUUGAUUCCGUCAUCAUCAAUACUUCAGAAUAGCAUAUCCAUUUUACACCAAGUUCCAGAAGGUCACAUUGGGGUGUAUUGGAGAGGAGGUGCCCUCCUAAAGACAGUUACAGAUCCAGGUUUUCAUCUGAAAUUGCCUAUGAUCACCCAUUUUGAGCCCAUUCAAGUGACCCUUCAGACUGAUCUUGUAAGGGAUAUUCCAUGUGGCACAAAGGGGGGUGUUAUGAUCAAUUUUGAGAAGAUAGAGGUAGUUAACCGUCUUCAUAAGGACUAUGUGUAUGAAACACUGCGCGACUAUGGUGUACAGUAUGACAACACGUGGAUCUAUGACAAGAUCCAUCAUGAGAUCAAUCAGUUCUGCAGUGCUCAUUCCCUUCAGCAAGUUUACAUAGACAUGUUUGAUCAGAUUGAUGAAAAAAUGAAAGAUGCUCUCCAGUCUGAUUGCACACGUUAUGCUCCAGGUAUUGAAAUUUUGAGUGUGCGUGUCACGAAACCUAGUAUCCCAGAAAGUAUAAGACGGAAUUUUGAACAAAUGGAAGAGGAACGCACAAAGGUCUUGAUUGCAAUAGAGAAACAGCGAGUAGCUGAGAAAGAGGCAGAGACUCAGAAGAAGAUAGCUAUAAGUGAAGCACAGAAGCAUGCUCAAGUUAGCAUGAUCCAGAUGGAACAAAAGUUGGCGGAGAAAGACAGUGCGAGGAGGCAAGAGGAAAUUGCAAAUGAAAUGUACAGAGCUCGUGAAAAGAGCUUGGCAGAUGCCAGUUUCUAUCAGUCAAUGAAGGAAGCUGAAGCAAACAAAUUGAAGCUUACAUCACAGUUUUUGGAGCUCAAAUUCAUUGAAGCGAUUACUAACAACACCAAAAUAUUUUUUGGAAACAAGUUACCCAAUAUGAUUCUUGAUCAGAGGCUGCUCGGAAACUUUUUCCAAGACAUGGUUCGGAAGGGUACUUUGGAAGUUUAGGUUCAAAGGUCAGUCAUUGUUGUGAUGCGAUAAUACAGGUAUAAAAUUUAUGCAUGACUCAGGAAAUACGUUCUGGCGACAACCGUGGCACAACAGCGUUAUUGGGUGGCGACGAGUUCUUUGGCCACUAGUGUUUGAAGCUUUUUGUGUGAAAUAAGUGCACUAGUCUUGCGCAUUUCUUAUAUGCUUUUAGUUCAAUUUGUUCUUUAUCUGGAAUGAAUUUCGAUACUUGAUACUCAGUGAGGCCUACAUCAACACCUUGUUCAUAUGGAGUUGUUUUACAUACUCGCUUUGCAGAAAUUUUCUUUGUAUAUAUAUGAAAGAAUUUUAUAGUAAAAGUUCACUGAACAAAGUCAAAAUUAUAUCAGAACUAUCAGAACUGUUCUUUUGCA